AUGACACACGCCUCUAUGGCAAUGCGCCCCCUCAGCUUCCUCCUGCCUAAGUCCCAGGGCCACCCUUCUGUCUCUCUGCCCCCUCCUCCACAUCCCUCCCGUCCUCCACCCCUCACUCUGCCCCUCUUUUCCCCGCCCCCCAGCUCCCUGUCUCCCCUUUCUCAGGUCACACCCUCCCUCUUCCUGAGCGGCGGGACUGUGGCCUCAGAUGGCCAGGCCCUUCGCAACCGAGGCAUCACCUGUGUGGUGAACGCUACGCUGGAGAUGAACGGCCCUCGCUGGCCAGGCCUUGAGUACUUACAAGUGCCCUUACCGGACCUGCCUCACGCUCCCCUCUCCCUCUACUUUGACUUGGUGGCAGACCGGAUCUGGCAGGUGUCCCGACGGCGGGGACGGACCCUGGUGCAUUGUGCAGCAGGCGUUAGCCGUUCCCCCACCCUCUGCCUGGCCUACCUGAUGAAAUACCAUGGGCAGAGCCUGCGCGAGGCCUACCGCUGGCUCCACUCCCGCCGCCCCAUCAUCCGCCCCAACCUCGGCUUCUGGCGUCAGCUGAUUGACUACGAGAGGCGGCUCUUCGGCAGGAACAGCGUUGGCAUGGUGUCUACCCCCCUGGGCUUGGCCCCUGACCUCUAUCUGCAGGAGGGGCAUGGUCUACUGCCCUACUGGGCCUUCCGAUGA